AACAAACCAAAACCAGAAACAAACCGAUGAUUACAUACACACAGAGAGCCAUUAUCAUCAUUGGUAUUAUGAUUAGGAUUUUUCAUCCAACCAUCCAUUCAUCCAUCGUCGAAAAAAAGUCUAAGACGCACAUGAAGCAACCAAAACAGUAAAAGUUUUUUUUGCUUCAGAAACAUUGUGCCAACAUCCGCCAAAAACAAACAAAUUUUUUCAUUUUUUUUUUUUGCGUCAAAAUUUUCGUUGUUGGUCAUUUUUUUUCUCUGUAACCUUGAUUUUUUAAAAAACGCAAAAUUCAUUCGUUUAUGAUUGACCAAUGAAGUUUCGCUUGUUUCGUUCGAAUUAAUCAUCAUCCUCAUCAUUGAUCACAAUGAAUUUUUCAAUAAUUUUUUCCACCACCAUCAUCAUCAUCAUCGCCAUCAACUAUCUGGUCAUUUUGAUUGCCAAUAUUGCCGAUUGUCAAUCGAUAUUAGCACCAAGACAAUUUUAUUUAGGUACAAAAUCGAAUGAAAUUUUUUGUUUUCCAUCCGAUAAAUGUUUGAAUGCCAGUAUAUCAUUUUCAUUUCAAAAAAAAUUUUUGAAAAAAUUUUUUGAAAAUGAAUUUCGAUUUUUACAAACUAAUGAUAAUCAUACGAUAAGCCGUGCUGAAAUUGAAUUACCAGAGCAAGAACUUUUAUUAAAAAAUUACCAACAACAAUCCCAUGAUGAUAAUAAAGUGUUAAGGAAAAUUUAUAUGAAAAUUGAAUUUCCAUCCGAAAAUCAUUAUGUUUUAAGUGGAGAUUUCCCUUUGAUCAAUGAUAGUAUAAUUUAUUUUCAAACAAAUAAACCAAUUUAUCGUUCAAAUGAAUUGGUUCGAUUUCGAGUACUGGAAACUAAUCGUGGUUUAAUGGUUAAAAAUGAUCAAUGUAAUUUAACAAUAAAAAAUCAACAAAAAAUUAAAUUAGAUUUCACUCAGUUAUCAUUGAUACCACCAUAUUAUUUUACUGAAUAUGAAUUUCAAUUACCAAAAAUAACUAAAGAAGGUAUCUGGGAAGCGGAAUUAUCCUGUAAAAAUGGAAUGGAUCGUUUAAAUUUCGAAGUGAAAAAUUAUCAACUACCAAUCAUUCGGAUUGAUGUUUUAACACCAUCCAUACAUUAUUGUUCAUCGAAACGAUUUCAAAUACAAAUCAAUGCAACAUAUACGUAUGGAAAACCGGUAAAAGGUUUUCUUUAUUUUGAAAUCAUUAUGAUCAAACCACCAUAUCAACAGAUGAAAAAAUUUCAUUCGAAAAAUUUAUGUUUGAAAAAUGGUUCAAUAAAUUAUUCGAUUGAUAAUUCAAUAUUUCCAUGUAAAAAUCGUUAUGAUUUACCAAAAACAUUUUAUAUUCGUACAACUGUAAUGGAUAAAUCUACAAAUACAAAACAACAGGCAAAUAGUGAAAAUUUCAUUCUAACAUCACGACCAUAUAUUUUAUCAAAUAGUCAUACAAUACCUUAUUAUCGAAAGAAUUUUACCAAUUUCGUUGUGAUUCAAGUAAAAAAUUUCAAACAUCAGCCAGUUCCAAAUGUACCGUUAAAUAUCAAGAUUAAUAGCCAAAAUGGUUUUGAGAUUAAAACGACUCCAAUUUCAAAUGAUAAUGUUGGUGAAACAGAAUCGUUAAAAACUGAUAAAAAUGGAAUCGUAAUUGUAACAUUUCGUUUGAAAGAAUUAAUCGGACGACUGAAAGUUAUUGUAACGACAAAUGAUACCCGAUUUGCAAAAGCUGAACAAGCUUUUAUUGAUUUUUCACUACAACCAUUUGAUCGUAAUGAAAAUGUGGGAAUUUUUAUUGUAAAUAAAAAACAAUUAUUUUAUCAUGCUGGUGAUCAAUAUCAAAGUAAAAUUGAUUACGAUUUGGAACAAAUCGAACCGAAAAGUUUAUAUUGGUUAGCCACAUCAAAAGGUUAUGUUUUUCAUCGAGAACCAUUAUCAUUUGAAUCAAAACAAAUUGUUUUAAAUAUUUCGAAUCAAAUGGCACCAAGUGUUCGAAUUUUGGUUUUUGGUUUAAACCGAAAUACUCAAGAAUUAAUUUCCGAUUCUAUUUUAAUCCAUGUUGAACAAAAAGAUUGUGGUGUUAAAAUAGAAUUGGAAAAUUUGGAUUCGAAAAACCAAAAUGAUGAAGAUUCGAAUGUUUUUAAACCAGGAUCGAUGAUACGAUUUAGAUUUUAUGGACAACAAAAUGAUAUUGUUGCAAUGAAUGCUGUUGAUGAAUCGAUUUAUAUUUUACGUAAUAAAAGUUUUCGUGCAAAAUUUCAACAACAAAUGCAAACAUAUGAUAUUGGUAAUGGUCCGGGUGGUGGAAAAAGUUCACAACAUAUUUUAGAUGGUGCUGGAUUUAAAUUGUUACAACCAAUAAAUUUGAAUCAUAAAAAAUCAUCAUUGCGAAAUAAACGAUCAAUACGACGACGAAACAACAAUAACAACAACAACAACAAACAUCAACCUUGUCUUUUACAUCAACAUUUAUGUUGUCGAAUGGCAUUAUCAUUAUCAUCACCAAAAUCAUGUCAAGAAUUAAGUGAAAUUAUAAGGAAAUAUUCAUUAAAUCAUCCACAAUGUUAUGAAUAUUUUCUGGAAUGUUGUAAUUGUAAAUCGGAAGAUGGUCUACAAACUUCUUCAGUAAAUCGACCUGGAAUAUCAAAAUCAAAACCAAAUUAUGAAUUUAAUCAUCCAUCAAGUUCAUCAUCUUCGGAACCUUCAGAACAAGAAAUUGAUCAACAAAAUACACGUUAUGAUUUUCGUGAUAGUUGGCUAUUUGAUUUAAUUCUUUUGAAUGGAAGUUCGGAUACACAUGAAAAACCGGCACCACAUUCCAUAACAUCAUGGAUAAUAUCAAGUAUGUCUAUAUCUGCGGCGGAUGGAUUAUGUUUCCUUGAAGAUAAACGUAUAACAAUUUAUAAACCAUUUUUCAUUCAUGUUUCAAUGCCUGAAUAUUUAAUUCUAAAUGAACAUACUGAAAUUCGUGCAACAAUUUUCAAUUAUUUGGAUGAAAAUUUAAUAUUUCGUAUAUUUUUAUAUAAAAAUGAUGAAAUUUGUUCGGAAGCAUCGAAAAAAUUGGAACGAUUUGAAAUCAAUUUAAAUAUCGAUGCAAGAUCAUCAAGUGCAAAAGUAUUCCCGAUUGUUCCGAUCAAAGUUGGUACAUUUACAAUCCGGCUGAAAGCAAUGACAUAUGUGAAUGGAAAAUAUAUGUCCGAUAUUAUUGAAAAAAAUAUAACCAUUUUAUAUCCGGGAAAAAUUGUGGAAGAAAUUACCGCAUUAGAUUUGGAUCCGGGUAAUCGUGCCCGUCGUGAAACAACAACAAUUGUACAGGAAAAACCAACUAAUCAAAUUACAAGUAAAGUCUAUCCAGAAAAACAUCUACAAAAAAUUGAUAUUUUAUUUCAGAAAAAUAUUUAUCAACAACGACAACAACAACAACAAAGUGCAAGUAAUAAUGAAAUUGUUCCUGGAACAAUGUCACAUAAAUUGUCAUUGAUUGGAUCGAAAUUUAAUCCAUCAAUAAAAUCAAUAGAAGAAUUAGAUUAUCUGAUAAAGAAACCAAAAGGUUGUGGUGAACAAAAUAUGUAUUAUAUGGCAUUCAAUCUGUAUACGAUGAAAUAUUUGAAACAAAUUGGAAAAUUACAAGAACGUUUAGAAAUACGUGCAAAAAUAUAUUUGAAACGUGCAUUAAAACAACAGCUAAAUUUUCGUAAAGAAGAUGGUUCAUUCAGUGCUUUUGUUGAACGUGAAUCAUCAGUUUGGCUAACGGCAUUUGUAACGAAAGUUUUUUGCCAAUCCGGAACAUUACUUCGUGAUUAUAUGGAUAAUGAUGUUAUUGUUCAAGCAUUACGUUGGCUGUUACAAAAACAACUAUCCGAUGGAUCAUGGGCUGAAACAUUUCCGAUUCUUCAUGAAAAAGCAUUGGGUGGUGUAAAUCAAGGUUCACAUACAUUAACCGCUUAUAUUGUUAUUGCAUUGAAUGAAUGUCAAAAAUAUUUGAUCGAAAAUGAUGUUUCGGAUGCUAAUGAUUUCAUCAAACAACUAGAUAAAAAUAUAACAUUAGCACAAAAAUAUUUACAAAGAAAAAUACGUUUUGUUCAUAAUAAUUCAUAUUCAUUAUCGAUAAUAACGUAUUCAUUUAUAUUACGAUCAUCAACAUCAACAAAUAUUGAUGAAAAUUCAUUGAUAAUGAAUUUGAUGAAUCAUCCGGAUAAACAACAAGAUACGAUAUCAAAUUAUUAUUAUUAUAAUAAUGAUUAUCCAAUCGAGACAACAUCAUAUGUUUUGUUAUCGUUAGCCAAAUAUUUACCUAAAAAUUCAAUGACAGAUUCAUUAGCAAAUUAUUUAACAUUACAACAAAAAGAUGGUACAUUUGAUAAUACCCAAAAUACUAUUGUUGCAUUGGAAGCAUUAACCAAUUAUUAUUCAACAAUUGUUGAUUUAAAUAAUCAAAAAUUUCAACUUAAAUCAAAUAUAUCAUUUAAUUAUCGACCAAAACGUUCAAUUGAAUUUACUGAAUCAAAUCAUGAUCUUUUACAUAUUAUUGAUGUUGAUAAUAAUAUUAAUAAUGUUGAUAUUGUUACGUUGGGUAAUGGUUUAGGAAAAAUUGAAUUAUUAACAACAUAUAAUGUAUUGAAUCCUGAAGAUAAUAAAUGUCAAUUUGAAUUAUCAAUUGUAUUGUCCGAAUGGCAAGAUAAUUAUAAUGAUAAUGAUGGUGAUUAUUAUGAUUAUGAUGAUUAUAAAUUAAUUUUCAAUAAUGAUACAAAUAAAUUAAUGGAAGAAAUGUCAAUCGAAUCUUUUAAUUCGAAUAAUAAUGAUGAUUACGAUAUUUGUGAAUAUGCCGAUAAUGAUUCGAAUUCGAAUAAUGGAAUUAAAAAAAGAUCCGUUUGGACACAGAUGAUGAAUCGAUUACGACCGAAAAAUAAUACGACGACGACGAAAAAACAACAAAAUCAAAUAAAUAAAAUGAAAAAAGAAAAAAAAUCAUCCAAUACAUGUCCAUCAGACAGUUUUGAUACUGUACCAAAUUUAGGUAUUGAAAAUCCAGUGAUUCGUUUGAUAAAAAUUCGUUAUAGACGUUUAAAUGAUGAUGAAAUGGGUAUGAUAAUAUUGGAAGUUGGUCUACUUAGUGGUUAUAAAGUUAUCGCUUCAGAUUUGGAACAAUUAAAAUCAAAUGGAAAAAUAUUGGAAAGUAAUGUUGUUGUAUCGAAAAUUGAAUUCUAUUUAAAAGAUGUACCAUAUGCUAAACAUGAUUGUCUGAGUUUUCGUAUUUAUCAGGAAAAUGUUGUUACCGAAUCACAAUCAGCAUUGAUUAAUAUUUAUGAUUAUUAUCGUCCAGGUUCAAUGUGUUCACGAUUAUAUAAUGAUACACAUAAUGAAUCUAAAAUUCAUAAUUGUAAUGAAAUUUGUCAAUGUCAAACGGAAAAAAUUUGCCCAAGUAAAUUAGAUUCUGGCCUGAAGGAUUUAACCGAUAAAAAUAUUGAUAAUGCAUUCAAUGAAUUUAAACGUAUAAUUUGUAAAGAAUUUUCAUUCAUUAUUGAAGGAAAAAUUAUACGAAAAGAAUUUAAAUUUGAACAAAAAAAAUAUCUUAUCACUUUGGAAAUAUUGAAUAUUUUUCAUACAGAUAUUCUUCAAUCAAGAACAGAAAAAUUGAAAAUUGAUGGAAAUAUUGUUGGAAAAAUAUGGCAAUUUUAUCUAGAACAAAUUUGUGAUCUUUAUCAUAUUAAUGAUCAAACUUUGAUUUUUAUUCGUAAAUCAAAUAAUGAUGGUAAUGAUGAUGAUAAUAAUUUUCAUAAUGGAAUUCGAUUAAUCGAUGGUCAAACAAUUAUUUAUGAAAAAAUUCAAAAAAUCUAA